AUGCUGCCUUCAGAAGGUGCGACCAUUUUCGAGUCCUACACGAAAUAUCUUCGAAGGCAAUAUAACAUACGCUGUCCCUUGGAUAACUGCGUUCACGAAUAUCCCGACACGGAUGACCGGAUCCGGGCACAUCUAUCCUCACAUCACCCAGCCUUAUUAGAGCGCGCAGACAUUGCACAACUUAUACAGGACAUAAGACUAGGAGGAACGGCUGCGGUCGAUAGACUCUCGGAACAGCCAGCUAAUUCUCAACCCCCCGGGAACAGGCAAGUAGAUUCGCCGCCGCGAGAAGAUGAUGAUAAUGGCGCGGGCCCAAGCAAGAGACGGAAGUCCACCAGUUCCUCAAAUAGGCCCAAGAUCAAGCCAGCGAGUCCGCCCAGGCGGUCUCGUGCCCGGGUUCCGUCCACCACUGCCAACGACCCCGAUUUCGUAAGGUCGCCGCAUCUAGGGGCGGGGACGCUAUGGAGUGCAGAUGACAAUUCCCCUUCUCCUGCCUUGCGACCAAAGCAGCCUGUGCCGAGAACUUCUCACCAGCCUAGGAGCCGGCCCAAUGUCGAUGAUGGCGGCGAGAUAACCAUGAUGCGACAACCAGAGACCCGCCAAAUCGGUCAAGACCAGUUGAUUGUCGAAGUCAAGGGGAUAUACGCGGGCCUCGUCAUGGUGGAGUCCAAGUGCAUAGAAGUUGACCAUGCGCAGUCGUGCCAGAACGAUAUCCAGUUGAACAAUGAGCAGUGGCAGGCGUUGAUAGCCUUGCACAGGACGCUCCUCCACGAGCAUCACGAUUUCUUCCUGGCUUCGCAGCAUCCUUCCGCGAACCAAGCGCUCCGACGGCUAGCGUCCAAGUACGCCAUGCCGGCACGGAUGUGGAGGCAUGCGAUACACUCCUUUCUCGAGCUAUUACGCCACCGGCUUCCGCAUUCCCUGGAGCAUAUGCUAACCUUCAUCUACCUGGCCUACUCGAUGGUCGCCCUCCUGUACGAAACCGUACCCGCCUUCGAGGAUACGUGGAUAGAGUGUCUAGGUGAUCUAGGGAGAUAUAGAAUGGCGAUCGAGGACGAUGACAUUCGGGAUCGAGAAGUUUGGACAUCCGUAUCUCGUCAUUGGUAUUCCAAAGCGUCCGAUAAAGCGCCUACCACGGGGCGACUAUACCAUCACCUCGCGAUCCUUGCGCGUCCGAACCCAUUGGAGCAGCUAUAUUAUUAUACUAAAUCUCUUUGCGUUCCUAUCCCCUUUAACUCUGCUCGGGAGUCUAUAAUGACCUUGUUCGAUCCGAUUCUUGAUCCUAAAAGCUCUCAGCACUCGCGGUUAAUUGCGAUUGAUGUUGCAUUUGUAAAGGCGCACGGGAUUCUGUUUAGUAACAAGUUCUCAGAUGACUUUCAAUCCACAAUUGACAGUUUUUUUAAUAUGCUGGACAACCACAUCGGUCGGACCACUACGAAGUGGAUGGAAUCAGGGUAUUACAUAGCUAUCUCGAACUGCUGCGCACUCUUGUCUUACGGCCAGGACGAUAACAUCAUCCUGAGAGCCAUUCGCCCUCAGAACCCCGAAGAGACCACCGAGCUUAACUCUAAAGAAGCCUUGCUCAGAAAUGGGCCCAAGUCACCGUUCGGAGGUGCGCUUACUCUAGCAGACGGCACAUAUAAUGUUGCGCUUCGCAGACUCGGGGACAUCAAUAUACUUCCCUUUCUCCACGUAGUUAUGGUCUUUAUAUACCACCUAACACUUUACCCCAAUGCCAUGUUCUUCAUUGAGAAAACUUUUCCUUGGAAGUUAGUCUCUCUUCAACUCAACUCUCUGCUUCUCUCGUACCGAGACUAUACCCGGAUCCAAGAAGAGCGGUUCCCCAGGCGGGACAAGGAGCUAGCCCCCCGCCCGCUACCCGAGGAUUUCGCGAUGAAGGGUUUGGUAUGGGUCGACAAGUAUUUCCCUGCCGAUUGGUUUUCAAAUGACAAAAUCGACGACGACGAGAAGUAUUUCGAGGUGGCCUCUAUGACGGACGACCGUAAGGAGAGGGUUUUAUGGCUGGGAUGUCGCAUCGCGAAGUUCGGCAGCUGGCUCACUUACGACGAGAAUUCGCAUCAGUUUGGGGUUGUCCCUCAGUAUGAUAUGGAGAUCGGCCACAUUUCUACGAGUAGCGGCGACCCCGCCGCCGUUUCUGGGAGUCCUCGAGAAGCUUCCUUCGGUUCUAAUUUCGCGUCGACGAAUCGUACCGAGAUCACUGUAUCUCAAAACGACCAAGAUAUGGUCGACAUCGACGAGGAAUUGGCAAAUAAGCCAAUAAUUCGACAGUGA